UCCAGCCCAUCUUUAGCGCAGAGAGAGAGAGAGAGAGUUUCCAGAAACCACGAAACCGCUUUCCUCCCUCUCGCUCCUGCAGAAAAAGACUCUUUCUACAGCGGCGCAGCGUCGAGAAACAGCAGACAAACCCCUCUUCUCUUCGAUUCGUUGUGCAUCCGUCAACCCAAUGGCUCGCUCGCUCUCGAACGCCAAGCUUUUCUCAGCCGCCCUCGUCGACGGCUUCUCCGCCUACAUCGCUAGGCGCGGGUAUGCGGCGGCAUCGCAAGGGGUUGCUUCCAGCUUCGCGAAAACAGGGGCGACGAGGAGCGCCGUGAUGUCGAAGAAAACUGGGGAGGAGAUGGCCAGAUCCACCGAGAGCGUCUCGUGGGUGCCCGACCCGAAGACCGGGUACUACAGGCCCGAGAACCGCGCCGAGGAGAUCGACGUGGCCGAGCUGCGCACGAUGCUCUUGAAGAACAAGAACUGAGCCCGCCUAACAAUAUCCGAUUGCAGCCGAUCUCCCCGAUUCGAUCGUGAUUGUGGCGACGCCCGUCGUUUCCGGACGCGUUCGUCCCGCGAUAUGACUCGAUUGGAUUUGGAAGUUGCGAAAUCUGCGUCGCCCUCUCCGCUGUUUUAGGAAAUUGUUACUAAUCUAUUGUACCGCCGAAUUUCCGCUAUUCAUGCGGAUAGAUAUUAGAUUUGCUAUUCUGCGUUUUAAUCUCAUGCGCGCUUUAUGUUCA